AUGACACCGCUAAGACCACUAUCAGGUAAAAGCCUGAAAUAUAGCCUGAAAAGUCUUCCGAAAGCUUUAAAAGAGCAUAGAUGUACUAAGUACUUACAGAAUUACAUUCAUUGGAGGUAUUUGUUUAUUAUUUGGCUAUCAUGGUUUGCCCUAAUACAUUACUAUGAACGGAUUGUAGUUGGUAGGGCAAUGUAUAACUGUUUAUGGCACUCUUGGGAACAAUGGCCGGAAGAAGCUGCCCCGCAUCGGGUUGCCCUAUUAGCCGAUCCCCAAAUUAUGGAUGCGUAUUCGUACCCAAACAGGCCAGCUCCAAUAAACUGGUUUACGCGUCAAAUACUGGAUAAUUAUCAUAGGAAGAACUGGGUAUAUAUCAACUCUUAUUUAGGUCCCGAUUCAGUAUUUUUCUUGGGCGAUUUGUUUGACGGGGGAAGGUACUGGGGAGACGACGUAUGGUUAAAACAAUACAAAAGAUUUAACAGAAUCUUCACGAAAAGACCGAAUACACUAAUUGUGGAAUCACUACCGGGUAAUCAUGACAUUGGAUUUGGAAACAAUGUGAUACAGUCCAGCUUGCAAAGAUUUACAUCUUACUUCGGUGAUCCAAAUUCAUUAAGGGAAGUUGGUAACCAUACUUUUGUAUUACUUGAUAGUAUUUCUCUAUCAAAUGAAAACAAUCCAGAAAUAUCCUCGAUUCCAAAGAAUUUUGUGGACUCAUUCAAUAUAAUGGAGCAGAAGUAUCCACGAAUUCUGUUAACACAUGUACCGCUGUGGCGUAACUCCGAUCAUCAGUCAUGUGGGAAUAAAAGGGAAUCCAAAAAACCGAUUCCUGCUACUGCGGGAGAUCAGUACCAAACAUUAAUCAGUGGUGAACUAACAAAUACAAUCUUGUCUAGGUUUCACCCUUCCGUUAUCUUUUCUGGUGACGAUCACGAUUACUGUCAGGUAAGGCAUUCGUACAUGGCAAAUGGUGCCUCUGUGAGUGCUGAUGAAAUAACUGUUAAAUCAUGUGCUAUGAAUAUGGGUAUAAAUAGACCAGCGAUUCAACUGCUCUCACUGUAUAAUCCAAGCGGUAAGGUCUCCACAGAUUUCGACAAUCCAGCCGACCGGCAAACAUACCAGACUGAAUUAUGUUAUUUACCAGACCCCUACAAAUCAAUAAAAAUGUAUGUUAUCCAUGGAAUUCUAUCUUUAAUACUUCUAGUAUGGAUGCAUUGUUAUCCGCACUCUUUCAAUCGCAAAAUUGCUGCUAAAUUAAACCGACACUUAGCAUCCUAUUCCGGGGUCCUACUACCUAUAUCCAACAAGAAGAACGACAGUUAUUCAGAUGGAAGAAAAUCAUCAGAGAAAGCAUACAAUGUAGAUGUCACAAACGAAAAGAAAAUUUUUUGGGCUAACAGUGGCAUAUUAACGUUAAUGGUAUUUUUGACAUUUGUUUACCAUUAUAAGUCUAUAUAA